CUGGAUCGAAUUGAACGGCCUUGCGAAAUACCGGAUCUUGGCAUACUGACUGAUUUGACAUGGUCCGAUCCAAGUCACAAGGUGAGUAACUACGAUUACAAUAAUACACGUGGCGUUGCGAGGAUAUUUGGAAUGGCGGCUGUUCAAAAAUUUUGCGACACGCUUGAUCUGGAUCUGAUUGUCCGUGCACAUCAGGUAACCCUUUAUCCAAUUUACUCAUACACUUCUUCAUCUGAAAUCCACUGUCAUUGUGGUCGAUGGACUCAGAGUGUAAUGCAAGAUGGCUAUGAGAGAUUUGGCAACCAACUUAUAACGAUAUUCUCGGCACCCAAUUAUUUUAUGAGCAAUACUGCAGCAGUGCUUCACGUAUCACCACAUUUGGUGCUUUUUUUAUUAUUUCUUAACUUAAAAAUUUAA